AGCACAAGAUCAUCAGAUUGGCACUGAAUUGUGGAUUUGCUGCCUUGCCGUCUGCGCGUCGGUGGCACAAGGCAAGCGCACCGUUUGAUUCGUCGACCUUGCAGCAACAGGACCCCACUUGAUCAAAGAGAAGCUGGUUGCCCUUAUGCUCACGCCCACGUCCUGACUUUCCCCCUCCCCCAACCCCCUCCUUCUCCCUCGCUGAUCUCGAGAUCAGCCCGAGAUCUUGCCCUUUCACGUCUCCGCCCCCCACCCACCUCAUCACAACGCCAGCCUCUCAACCUCCAUCAUGUUCUGCCUCAAGAAGAUGCUGGCUCUGAUCAGCUUGGCGCUCACCAUAGUCAACCUUGCGGUGGCUGCGCCUGCCCGCGAGCCCCUCUUCAUCCGCACGGAAAAUCCUGGCUCUCUCAAUUUCACCGCUCAGGACUUCAAGCGAGACAUUCUCAUCGACUUGCAGCCCAGACAAAACCCAUCGUGGAACUACGGCACGCAAAAGGUCCGCGGUGUCAACCUUGGAGGAUGGCUCGUUGCUGAGCCUUGGAUCACGCCUUCGCUCUUCGACAACACUGGCGAUGGCCGUGUUGUGGAUGAGUGGACCUUUGGUCAAUAUGUCGGUGAUGCGGAGUCCCGAUUGCAGCAACAUUGGGCCACUUGGAUCACAGAGGACGACCUGAGGCAGAUCAAGGCGGCCGGUCUCAACCACGUCAGAAUCCAGAUUGGCUACUGGGCCUUUGAGAAGGGAAGUGGGGAUCAAUAUGUCAAGAGCAACCAGCUUUCGUACUUGGAUAAAGGUGUCACCUGGGCGCGCAACCAGGGACUCAAAGUCCAGAUCGACUUGCAUGGUGUUCCAGGCAGCCAGAACGGCUUCGACAACAGCGGUCGAAGGGGCAACGCGGAUUGGUUCUUCAACCAAGGAUUUGCGGACCGUGCCAAGAACGUGCUUCAGACGCUUGCUCAGCGAUACGUCAACGACCGCGACACGGUCACUCAGAUCCAGCUGCUCAAUGAGCCCCUCACCACCAACGGAGACGGCCGUCUGGAUUUCACCCGAUCCUUCUACAACGACGCGUACUACGCCGUGCGAUAUGCUCGAGGAUCCCAACCAACCGACUACUCCAUCUCUAUUCACGAUGGCUUCCAACCCCUCAGCGCUUGGCAGGGGCAGUUCCAACCUCCACAAUACGAGCAGGUUGUGCUCGACACGCACAUCUACACAAUGUUUGACGUUGGCAAGAUUGCGCAGACGCAGGAAGAGCGUCUGCGUGGCCUAUGCCAGAACAGAGCUUUGAUCGGUCAGAGUCAGCCAAACUUGUGGACGAUCGUUGGAGAGUGGACGGCAGCUUUUACUGAUUGCGCCAAGUACCUCAAUGGACGCGGCAUCGGCGCUCGAUACGACGGCUCGUUCCCAGGUAGCACCAGACGCGGAGCCUGCGAUGCCUCCAAGUCUGGCAACGGCAAUGGCUUUUCGAGCCAGUACAAGGCGAACCUCAAGAGGAUGUUCGACACUCAGAGGAGCGUCUACGAGACUGGCAGUGGCUGGAUCAUGUGGACUUGGAAGGCUGCUGCUGCUGAUUGGUCCUACAAGAGAUUGCUCGAGCUUGGCGUCAUCACCUACAACCUCAACGACGCCGGCGACGUCUUUUGCUAAGCUGGCCUUGGCUCUCUUCAUCGUCUCUAGCAUGUGGCCCACAUCGCGUUUGUACAUACGCCAUCGACCGUCUUAUUCUUCCAAUCAUCUGCCCAUCUGCUGCGUUAGCGCCCAUGCUCUGUAUCUCGACUCGAAAAGCACCAAUCAAGGCUUUUGCAU